AUGGUGAAGACAAAUCCAUUCCUCUCAUCCCAGGCUAAGAAGACAAGAAAGGCCUUCUUCAAUGCUACAAAGGAUGACAAGCACCGCCAGCUUUCUGCCAAGCUCAACAAGGAGCAGGCUGAAACACAUGGUGUUAAGCAACUCCCAAUCCGCAGAGAUGAUGAAGUUUCCAUCAACUCCGGCAAGUUCGCUGGCCGUGAAGGCAAGGUUAUCGCCGUCAAGCUCUCUGAAAACCGCAUCGUUGUCGAUUCAUUCACACGCGAAAAGCUUAAUGGCCAGACAGUCCAUGUUUCUGUUCACCCAUCUAACUGCCUCAUCACAAAGCUGAAGAUGGACAAGCAGCGUAAGGAACUUAUCGAGCGCCGCCGUGCUGGUCGCGAGAAAAUCCUUGCUAAGCUUGGCCACAACAAGAAGUAA